UCGAUAGGUUUUCGAUUAGAGUACAAAGUAUUUGUUGACGCGUCACAUUUCCAAUUGGAGCUCAAUUGUAAGGGAAAUUUUAUUUUAAUAAUAUUGUGCAAAGAUCAAAUAAAAAUGGGCAGUGACUGGGAUGAAAUUAAACGCUUGGCAGCCGACUUUCAAAAAGCUCAGCUUACCUCCACGUUGCAGAAGCUCUCUGAACGCAAUUGCAUUGAAAUUGUUACAUUAUUGUUGGAAAAACAAUUGCUUGAUGUGGUUUUCACCAACGAUGGCAAGGAGUACAUUACUCCCGAUCACUUGGAGCGUGAAAUCCAAGAUGAACUCUAUGCGAAUGGAGGUCGUGCAAAUCUCGUGGAGGUCAGCAAAACAUUGAAUGUGGAUCUGACGCGGAUUGUGACGCUGGCGGAGCAUAUUGCAGCCGAGAAUCCUCAGAUACAUCUAAUGUUGGGCCAGUUGAUCGAUGAGGACUACAUCACGCACAUUGCCCAGGAGAUUAACGAAAAACUGGCACAACGUGGCGAAAUUUCAAUAUCAGACUUAACGUCACAAUUCGAUUUGCCCUCAGACUUUCUGCAGCACAAUGUGGUUGAGAAGCAUCUGGGCAAGAUCAUUAAGGGUCGUCAGGACGCCACCAAUCCUCGUGUAUUCUUCACCCAAGCCUACAUCCAGCGUUGUAAGGCAAAAAUUCGCGGUGCUUUAGCGGCCAUCACCAAACCCACUAAUGUGGCUGUUAUUCUGCAACAGAUCAGCGUGCAAGAGAAGAUCUUUCAUUCACUGCUAGACGAAAUUGCGCCAGCUGGCCAGGUGACCUCCAAGCAGGCUAAUGCCCAGUAUGUGCCUCAUAUUUAUGCCAAAACCCAAGCAGAUUGGGUCAAUGCGUUUUAUAAGCAAAACAGUUUCCUAGAAUAUGAUGCCAUUAACAAGUUGGGAAUUUCGGAUGCCAAGGCAUAUAUCCGCAAACAGUUUCCCAACGAGCAGUUCCUGUUCCUCAAGCGCGUGGCACUUGGCGCACGUCUGAUUGAGCUGACUGUAGUUGCAGCUUUAAAUGAAUGCAAUGCUACCAAACAAUAUCUUGACUUGUCCACAAUCCUACCGUCAAAUUUGUCGGAGGAGGACAUUAAAGAGGCUUUCGAGGCCAUAAUUUCACAGAAGCAGUGCAAUCCAAGCCAUUUUGUGUUCUUGGAUAGCAUUGUCUUCUCACAGGCUUAUUUAACGCAACUGGUGCAACCAUGCCAAGAGAUGGCACAUGCUCAGGCCAAGGCAGCUAUCGAUGCGGGCGUGUAUCAACAGUAUAUUGUGGAGAAAACACUAGCGCAAAAGGGCAACACUGGAACUGGCAGCGCUUAUGAUGCCGACGAUGACAAGUUGGACAAACGUGAUGAACGUCGCAAAAAGGCUGCCUCUGGCAAGGCAGGUGGCGGUGCGCAGGGUCGCGAGACUAAAACAAAGUCGACAAAGAAGCAUCAGCGUGGUCGAGUUGCUCACAAUCAUGAUAGCGAGGAUGAAGAGGAUACUGUGCAGUCCAAUGCUAGCAGUAAUCGUAAAUCUGGCAAAACUUUGGAUCUGGUUAAGACUGCGGAUAUCACAAAUCUAAUCAAAGGCACGCUGGAGGAGGAAGGACUAGAGCAGCUCGCCAAGCCCAUCGCAGCACUCUACCUAAACCAACUCAAUCAGACGGCACUAGCCAAGGCGCAAGAGCUAUAUGAGGCAACACCCCAAACAAAUCGUCGCCAGACUCACGCAGCUAUUCAGGAGCGCGUCAAUACUUUGUUGGUGGACAUCCGACUGUACGAGAAAGGUCUGAAACUUUUUCCCAGCGACACGCAAUCGCAAUUGGUUAAAUAUCUGCUUAAAUCGCUGGGCAAUGACAUAUGCAAUGAAUUAACGCUCUAUGUGGCAGCCGAGUGCAGUUUAUCUGUGAAAUCAACAAACCUGAAUGUCGAUCAACGCAUCAAACUAGUGCAAGAGUGCGAUGUGCUGUAUCGCAAUGCUCUGCUGGAACAAAAUAAAGCAAUAAACAAAAGCAUCGAUGAGUUCGAGUUGGCUACGGAAGCUGUGCUGAAAACAUGCAGCAUGAUUGUGAAAAAAGUCGAUAAGAAAAAGGAUCGACUACUCAUUGUGAAUCAUAAGGAGAAGCUGCUACAACAGUUGCUGGAGUGCAAUGAACCCGCUUUAUUACUUCAUUUGGCUGCGCUGAUACUUUUCACCACCAUCACGGGUUGUAUUCUGCAUGCGUCCGGCAAAUUUGUUUCAGCCAUAUUACAACAUAUUCGAAGCACUUUAAAUGAACCACAAAAUGCAUUAUUGUUGCGCUAUCAUGAUCUCGUCCUGCAAUUGCUCCAGCAAGCAUCGCCAGACAGUGUCGAGUCCAAGUCAGUAAACGAACAAUUGCACUCGCUGCAAACAGAGGUUGUUGACCUAGCCCAAAACUAUUCACGUGCCUCUGUUUCUAAGGCUGAUUAGACAAUACAGAACUUGGCUUCAUGCGACGCUGGAAAUUUUACAGUUCAUAGAGAACUUUUAACAUCAAUUUACUUUAAUUGGUUAUGGUCUGCAUUAAAGGUAAUAUGCAUUUGAAAAUUGUUAAGUAUUGUGU